CCAUAUCAAUAAACGCAUUGGUAAACAGCGUUUUCAGUCGUGUUCAAAAUAAGAAAUAUUAUUAAAUUCGGGCAAAAACGCAUAAGACUAUUAUUGAUCAUUUAUAGAAAAACUCUAAUUUAUUCUAAGUUGUUAUAUACCUUGGUGCUUUCAAGUUGAAAAAUUGUUUGUUUCAUUAAGUUCACUUCUUUCAAAGCGAGCCAUAUAAACGUAAACAAAUCACAUAUUGUAUAAACUACUAAAAUGGCAGAUUUGGAAGCUGUUUUAGCUGAUGUCAGCUAUUUGAUGGCAAUGGAAAAGUCAAAGUGCACUCCAGCAGCAAGAGCCAGCAAAAAAUUAAUUUUACCGGAUCCCAGCGUUCGAAGCGUUAUGUACAAAUACCUUGAGAAGGAAAACGAACUCAACUUCCACAACAUUUUUAAUCAGAUUAUAGGCUACUUGUUGUUUAAGGACUUCUGCGAGAAUGAUUCUGAUGAACCUAUUCAACAGUUAAAGUUUUAUGAGCAGAUAAAAAACUUUGAAAAAACCGAGUGUUAUGAGGAGCGAAAAAAAAUGGCUAGAGAAAUAUAUGAUAAUUUUAUAAUGGAAGAAAUGCUGUCACACACAUAUGAAUACUCGAAAGAUGCCGUCGCUAAUGUCCAAAAGUAUUUAUUGAAAAAUGAAGUUCCUGUCAAUUUAUUUGAACCGUACAUGGAUGAAAUCUUUGGGCAACUUAAGGGUAGACCGUUCAAAAAGUUUUUGGAAAGUGACAAAUUCACGAGAUUUUGCCAAUGGAAAAACCUGGAGCUUAAUAUACAAUUAUCUAUGAAUGACUUUAGCGUACACAGAAUAAUUGGUCGCGGAGGCUUUGGAGAAGUCUACGGUUGUCGAAAAGCCGAUACUGGAAAAAUGUACGCAAUGAAAUGUUUAGACAAAAAACGUAUUAAAAUGAAGCAGGGUGAAAUGCUAGCAUUAAAUGAACGCAAUAUGUUACAAGCCGUUAGCACAGGAAUUGAUUGCCCUUUCAUCGUGUGCAUGACGUAUGCGUUUCACACCCCAGAUAAGCUUUGUUUUAUAUUAGAUUUGAUGAAUGGUGGAGACUUGCAUUACCACCUCUCACAACAUGGAGUUUUCAGUGAAGAUGAAAUGAAAUUUUAUGCUGCCGAGGUUAUUUUGGGUUUGGAACAUAUGCAUAAACGCUAUAUUGUCUAUCGAGAUUUAAAACCUGCAAAUAUUUUACUGGAUGAAAAUGGUCAUAUUCGAAUAUCUGAUUUAGGCCUGGCAUGUGAUUACUCAAGAAAAAAACCUCAUGCUUCAGUGGGCACGCACGGAUAUAUGUCACCAGAAGUAUUAUCAAAGGGAACAUCGUACGAUUCGUGCGCGGAUUGGUUUAGCUUUGGAUGCAUGCUUUACAAGCUUCUGAAGGGUCAUUCCCCAUUCCGCCAACAUAAAACAAAAGAUAAACAUGAGAUCGACAGAAUGACAUUAACUAUGAAUGUUGAACUUCCAGAUUCAUUUUCAGUGGAAUUAAGGAAUUUAUUGGAUAUGCUUCUUCAAAGAGAUGUACCUAAGCGUCUCGGUUGUAUGGGGAAUGGUGCUGACGAAGUCAAAAUGCAUAAUUUUUUUUCUGGAAUUGAUUGGCACCAGGUUUAUAUUCAAAAAUACACUCCGCCAUUAGUGCCACCUCGAGGCGAAGUGAAUGCGGCUGAUGCCUUUGAUAUCGGCUCUUUUGACGAGGAAGAUACGAAAGGCAUUAAGCUGAAUGACAAUGAUCAGGAUCUCUAUAAGCACUUCUCAUUAACGAUUUCGGAAAGGUGGCAACAGGAAGUGUCUGAGACUGUAUUUGAAACAAUCAACGCGGAAACUGAUAAAAUAGAGCACAAAAAGAAAGCUAAACAAAAACAACACUUUGACGCAGAUGAAAAAGAAUCGGACUGCAUACUGCAUGGAUACAUAAAAAAAUUAGGAGGAUCAUUUGCUUCAUUAUGGCAAACUAAAUAUGCUAAAUUAUAUCCGAACCGUUUGGAACUUUAUUCAGACAGUGGAAAUAACAAACCAGAACUUAUAUUUUUGGACCAAGUUGAAGAUGUUUCAUCUGAUUUUGUACACUACAAAAACGAACAAUGUAUUCAAAUUCGUGUUAAUGACGGCAGUCGUGAUGGCAGAAUUAUUUUGACAAAUUCGGAUGAAAUUGGCUUAAAAGAAUGGGCGUUGUCAUUGAGAUCGGCCCACAAAAUGUCACAAGACCUUCUAGGAUCCAUGGCUAAAAAAGCUGGAAAAAUUUAUGGAAGUGAACGGGACGCAAACAAGUCAAUGUAUAUUUUGGGAGGGAACUGUUCGACGACAUCGUCCAAUGGCUCUAAAUAAGUAUUAGAUAUAAUGGAAUUUAUUAUAACAUAUAAUAGGUUUCCAGCUUUGAAACUCAUAAAACAAAUAGUUUCAUUCACUAAGAAAUGAAUCCUAAUAAAACACAUCUUGUAAAAUCACA